AUGGAGCGGAGGGGCGGUUGCUGCCUCGCCAUGUACGGAGGCGGAGACGCCGAGGCGACCUGGAAGAUGGGCCGGAUCAUGCUCAGAUUCCGGCCAAUCGCCCCCAGACCGGCCGUUAGUUCCCCGGCUGCUGCUUCCGUUGUCGCGGAGUUGUCGCCUGUAGGAAGGAAGAAGGGGCGGAAGAGUACUGGCGACCGUUGCGGAGGGAGGAAGGCGAGGAAGGUGGAGGCGAAGCCUUCGCCGUCUUCUAAGGAUGAUCGGAAGGCGUCAACCUCCUCGGCGUCGUCUUCCUCCACGACCACCAGUACGAUGAUUUGUUCGCCCACGAUCGUGACGCUUGCGCUGAUGCCGGUGGCGGAGGAGAAGCGGGACGACCUGGCGGAACGCCAAUCUCCUGGAACUGAGCGUCCACUCCUUGUGCCGGCGUGGAUGGGGUGCGAGGCGGCGGCGAGGGUGCCUCGCCCGCUGACGGCGGUGGGGUCGUGGGUGACGGUGGAGUGUGUGACGGACACGUGGAGGGACGGGGAGGUCGCGUGGAGGAGCGAUGAGGCAGUGCGGGCGGCGCUGGCUGCGGACGACUGCCCCGGGUUGGUGUCCGACGAGAGAGACCGGAUCACGUGGACCAACGCGGCGUACCGGCGGAUGGUGUCGGGCGCUGUUUCAGACGUGGUUGGCGGUGGAGGCAGAGCGGGGGCAGACGAGGUGCGGGUGGGGUUUGUGGCACGGGCGGCGGUGCCUGCGUCGGGGGCGUGCCGGGCGUUCACGUGCAGGAUGCGGGUUCACUACGCUCGGCCGACGGGGAGGGCAUCGUCGUUGGCGGCCCCGUGCGACGCGUGGAGGCUGGACGGCGGCGGCAGUGCGUGGAGGAUCGACGUGAAGACGGCGUUGAGUCUCAGCCUGUAA